CUGGCUUUAAUGGGGAGAGUAAUUUGGUGAGUGAAAAAUGUUGAAAUGAGAAUGAUGAAAUUCCAAAUUCUGGAAAGAACUGAAACUUCAAGUAGAUAAGCACAUGACCAGCAUUGUGAAGUUUAUGCUAAUGCGUUGAAGAGGAGGUCCAUAAAUUCAUAUUCUAUCUUGUACAAGAAUCAUGGUUCAGAAACGGAAAUCCGAAGGGCGGAGAGAUUCCAAAAGGAGAGGCGGGCACUUUGAAUCUUCGGCUGAUGAAACAGGUAGUGGUUCGCGUUCUUUCGCAGAACCAAAAUUGUUCAAGAAGCAUAAAGCAGUUUUCAGUCAUGUGCCGCUUUUAAUUGAGGAACCAAGCAAAAUGAAGUGUCACUCAAAACAAAGGAGUCUGAGAAGUGAAUCGAGUAAGAAGAGCCACAAACUAACUUUCAAAGAGGUGGGAGAGGAGAGUUGCAACAGAUUUAACCUUUCUGAUGCUCUAAAUGAAAAUCGCAAGUUCAUGAAGUCUAUACUGCAGGAACUCAAAGUCGGUAGAGAGAAAAUGUUAAUAGGGCUAAGAGAGGAGAUAAGAAAAGUUGGAGAAAGUGAUAAUGAAGAUGACAAUGGUGUGGCACAGAAUCCAGUGAGCUUUGAAUGUGAUAGACAAGAAUUUCAAGAUCAGAAUGCUACUAAGAAAACAACGUUGGGAUCUGAAGAACCAAGAAAAAUGAAUCUUCACUUUACAUUUGAAAGAGCGGCUGGACCGGAUACUGAAUCAUGUGAGAAGAGAGACGAACCGUCGAAUGAAAACAGUUUUAACCUUUGUGAUUCUCUGAACGAGAACCGCAAGUUCAUGAAGUCUAUAUUGGAGGACCUCAGAGUAGGUGGAGAGAAAAUGCUGAUAAGGCUAAAAGAAGAUAUACCAAAAGUGAGAGUGAACGAUAUUAACGAGGAGGAGGGUGUUACGGCGCAUGAGAUUCCAGUGGAAGGCAAGAGGAAUAUCACUUGUGAUGAAGGUGCUGAAAAGGGGAGGCUUGCGGUUGCGGAUUCACUUUGUGACCCAUCCAUGGAUACAUGUGUUCAUCGUGAAGGCUUCUCAAGGGAUAACAAGGAAGAGUUCGAAGAUUAUUCCGAUCAGACAGAUGAUGCAAAAAGGACCGAAACGGGGUUUCACCAUCUUCAAGUUGGCCCUGCAGACCGAUCGAUCAAGAGAAUGUGUAGAAGCUAGCUUAUGUACUGCAAAAAAAAACAUAUUCGGUUGGUCAGUGAAUCGGCAUGGGAUUGACUUAAGCUAGCUCGUGUCCACAUGGAUUUUAUAUGUGUAUGAGCACAGAACAGACAAAUAUUGUUAACAUGAGA